AUGGCGUCGUCCGUGCGGGCCGGGCCGCGGCUGCGGCGGGCGGUGCGGGCCGGCGAGUUGGCAGCGCUGCCCGCGGGGAUGAGGGAUGAGUUGCAGGCGGCGCUGGCGGCGGAAGGAGGGCUGGUGCCUUUCAGCCUGCUGCGGAAGCUGCACGCCGCGCUGCGGGAGGCAGGGUCUCCGCUGCACCUGCACGAGCUGCUGGAAGGAUGCGAGAUCCACCUGCCCGAGGUGCCGGUGCCGCCGCGGAACCCCGAGCUGGUGGCCCGGCUGGAGCGGAUCAAGGCCAAGCUGGCACACGAGGAGUACCAGCGAAUGACCCGCAACAUCACCGGCCAGGAGAUGAACGGGCCGUUGGCUGAAUUUGGGAGGCAAGUUCGCUCCGUGAAAGCCGUUGUCAUCACCAUCUUCAACUUCAUCGUCACCGUGGUGGCCGCCUUUGCCUGCACCUACCUGGGCAGCCAGUACGUGUUCGCAGAGACAGCGGCGCGUGUCCUGUCAGCUGUCAUUGUGGCCUCGGUGGUGGGCUUGGCCGAGCUGUACGUGAUGGUGCGGACCCUCGAAGGGGACCUCGGGAAACUGUGACCAUGAACUGCAGGCUUCGUGCUGGAGGCUUUUGUCCUCCCCAGGAGCUGCUGAUUUUGGGACAGAUCUUGUCCAUUCUGUACCUGUUCCUGCUGUGGGAAGACUGCUGCACUCCUCAGGCUCGUCCUUUGCUUCCCGCUCCUGAAAUGAAUCAUGGGUUGGAAUUCCCAGAGCUGCAGAAAGGAUGGGGAAUGGCUGUGGACUCCCACCACCCCAGCAGGGAGAGGGGCAUCAGCUCCUGCCAUCCCUCUUCUCCUGGGAAGUUCCUGUUCUUUUAUUAUGGAAAUAAAUAACACUGUGUGUUCAUAACCUUC